AUAAUGCAGAGAGACAUUUUUAGAUCUCUCUUUUGCUGAUUGCUAAAGUGUGAGACAUUUUUUCAGAGAUUUGAAUCCAUGGCGGCUGCAAGUGGAGUGCGUAGGAUCAAGCUAGGAAGCCAAGGUCUUCAAGUGUCAGCGCAAGGUCUUGGUUGUAUGGGACUUUCCAUCUUAGAUGGAACCACUAAGCUAGACGCAGAUCUAGUUGCUCUCAUUCACCAUGCCAUUAACUCCGGCAUCACGCUCCUCGACACCUCUGACAUUUACGGUCCCGAGACCAACGAGUUGCUCCUUGGCCAGGCUUUGAGAGAUGGGAUGAGGGAGAAAGUGGAAUUGGCAACCAAAUUUGGGAUUCUCUUUAGAGAUGAGAAAUUGGGUUACAGGGGAGAUCCUGCCUAUGUGAGAGCUGCGUGUGAAGCCAGCUUAAAGCGUUUAGGAGUUAGCUGCAUCGAUCUCUAUUACCAGCAUAGGAUCGAUACCACUGUCCCCAUUGAAGUCACUAUUGGAGAACUAAAGAAGCUAGUUGAAGAGGGUAAGAUAAAGUACAUUGGUUUGUCCGAAGCCUCUGCCUCAACUAUAAGGCGAGCCCAUGCUGUUCACCCGCUAACAGCCGUGCAGUUGGAAUGGUCUUUGUGGUCGAGAGACGUUGAAGAAGACAUCAUUCCUACUUGCAGGGAACUCGGGAUUGGAAUUGUAGCUUAUAGUCCUCUGGGACGGGGCUUCUUUGCUGCAGGACCAAAGUUCAUUGAGAAUAUGGACAAUGGUGACUACAGAAAGGGUUUACCGAGAUUCCAGCAAGAGAACCUAGACCACAACAAGAUUCUCUAUGAGAAGGUCAAUGCAAUGGCAGAGAAGAAAAGCUGUACUCCUGCACAAUUAGCUUUGGCAUGGGUUCAUCACCAAGGAAAUGAUGUCUGCCCAAUCCCAGGAACCUCCAAGAUCAAAAACCUUAAUCAGAACAUAGGAGCUUUAUCUGUGAAACUCACUAUCGAAGAGAUGGCCGAGCUUGACGCCAUGGGACAUCCGGAUUCUGUGAAAGGGGAAAGCUCACCCACCUAUAUAGUUACCUACAAGAAUUCCGAAACUCCACCAUUGUCUUCUUGGACUUCAUAAACCAGCUGUUAUAGUACUCUGCCAUCGUGCUGAGCUAUGUCUGAACUUCUAUCCAUUGUAGUCUUUAAGCUACAUUAUUGUUUGUCUGUUUCUGUCUUAAAAGUAAUAAAGCUUUUUAAAGUAAAUCUCUUAUUAGGACUGAAGAUUCUGCGAACAUUAUAACAAUGAAUUGAGAAAGGUGACAAGACGUAUAUACAAUGAUUUGUGUCACAUCACGACUUAAACCAUGAAAAUGAAG